AUGUCAUCGUCGAAUGUAAGUAAUGUUUCUGCAACUGUCAGUGCCAUCAAUGAAGCAACAAUGGUGUAUUCCCGAUGCUGGCUAUUUAUGAUGGUCGCUCUUGGCAUGAUUGGUCAUUCAUUGAGCAUUUAUGUAUUUUCACGUCGUACACUCCGUAAAAUUCCAUGCGCCAAAUAUUUUUUAGCAUCAACUGUUGUCGGUUGUUGCAUCGUCUAUGGUAAUCUCCCUCUACGUACUCUUCAAAUGGGCUAUCAAAUCGAUGUAUUUGUAUAUUCAUUGCCAGUUUGUAAACUUUUAUCGUUUCUAACGGCUUGUACAAGAGUUCUACCUGCGUGGUUCAUAACUCUUGCCUGUGCUGAUCGGUUUUUACAAAGUUCAUCUUCUGCUACUCUUCGAGGAUGGAGUUCACUUCGUGUUACUCGUCUUGCUAUUCCAUCCACAACUCUCCUUAUCGGUCUUAUGCAUAUUCAUAUUCUCGUUUACAAUACAAUAGUUCAAUCUCCAUUAUCAUGUGUUGGGAUGCUUAUAUUUGGUUUGCUUACCAUUCAUCAGUAUCGUCAGGGAAAAAAACGAGUUGCACCUACAAAUACUCAAAAUGUUCGACAAAAAAUUUCAAGAUCAACUGAUCGACAAUUGAUUCAAAUGAUGCUCGUCCAGUCUCUCGUCUUUGGCCUAACUACAAGUGCCGCAUCAUUUAGUUUCCUUGGUUCUCUAUCGGAUGUCAAUUCCAUAACAGAUCCUAUUGGAGCAGCCAGAAAAAAUUUAAUUAAAGAUGUGCUCUUCCAGUUUGGCUUUUUCGGUCCUUGUACAAGCUUCUAUUUAUUUACAUUGUCGAGUAAACUAUUUCGUCGUGAACUUUGGAAGUUGUUUAAUCGUCGACGAUUUUCUCCAGAUGCGACUACUACAAAUGCAUACACAAUGACAGAAAGAAACUGA